AUGGAGAGAAAACUGGACAAUAAAAUGAAAAGGGAACUGUCCUGCUUAGCAACUUUAAACAACAAAAACAUAACCCUGGUGUCUAUUCGUAAGCGGCAGGCAGCUCAUGAUGUGCCUGAACUACUGAUUAUUGGUGAAAAGUCCAAGACAGGAUCUCCAGUAAAAGCAAGCAGUAACUUGCAGAAAGAAGAAAAACUUUUGCAGAGUUAUUCCAUGGGAAUGCCAGAAGUCAAUACAGUUGAAAGACAGGCUUUGUCCAACACUGAUUCUCCUGACUGUGAACUGCAGCCUACAAUGAAACAUCAUUUUGCUUUUGACAACAUGGGCUAUGAGGAGAGCUUUGAAACUGUGGCCUCUCCAUCUUCCCAAGAACACACUUUAGCAGUCAACAUUGUGGGAAUGACUUGCCAAUCGUGUGUGCAGUCGAUAGAAGGCCGAAUUUCCAAGGUGAAGGGCAUUGUGAGUAUUAAAGUCUCCCUUGAACAGAACAACGCUGUAAUAAAGUAUCUGCAGUCGGAAAUAAGUCCUGAACAGAUUUGCCAGGAAAUUCAGGAUAUGGGCUUUGACACCAACAUUUCAGAAGAGAGGUUGACAACAGCAACUGUAAAUUUGUCAUGCUUGAGAGAAGCAGUAGUUAAGCUUCGGGUAGAAGGCAUGACAUGCCAGUCUUGUGUCACCAACAUUGAAGGAAAGAUUAGGAAACUGCAUGGUGUGGCAAAAAUAAAGGUGUCACUUGGUAACCAGGAAGCAAUUAUUGCUUACUAUCCUUACAUCAUCCAGCCUGAUGACCUCAAGAGCCAUAUCAGUAACCUGGGGUAUGAAUGCACCAUUAAAAGUAAAUCAGCCCCUUUGAAGCUGGGCAUCCUCGAUCUUGAGCGCUUGCAGAAUGCAAACCCCAAGGAGACACCAGCAAGUCUUGAGAGUGAUGGGGUGGAUUCGCUGGUCAUUGAGAUGAGUAGCACAGCUACAGUGGCUGUACGGAUAGAAGGCAUGCACUGCAAGUCCUGUGUCAGAAACAUUGAAGGAAAUAUAUCAGAUCUUCCUGGCAUACAAAGUAUUAAAGUGUCUUUGGAGCAUAAACGUGCUGUGAUACAGUAUAGCCCAAAUUUAAUUACCCUGUCAGCUUUGCAGGAAGCUAUUGAAUCCCUUCCACCUGGAAACUUUAAAGUAUGCCUCCUUAACGGUUCAGAAGCAAAUAAAGGAGCAUCUCCAUCGCCUGCUUCGUUAUGCGAUCUCUUCAGAGAGCCACUGCAAGACACGACAAGCACGGCUGUUUUUAGGAUUGAUGGCAUGACCUGCAAUUCUUGUGUCAAGUCCAUAGAAGGGACCAUAUCACAGAGACAAGGAGUGCAACAUAUAGCAGUUUCUCUAGCUGGCAGAACUGGGACCAUACAUUAUGAUCCAGCUGUUACUAAUGGAGAAGAGUUAAGAGCUGCCAUAGAAGACAUGGGGUUUGAUGCUUCUGUGCUGACAGAUACCGCUGCUGGAGGACGUAGGCACCAACCUGAUGCAAGUAAUGCUGCUGUGCAGCCUCGAGCUCCAGAGCCUCCUCCCCAAGGCUGUGCCUCAGAUGCUCUUCCAGACAGUCCUCACCUUGAUGAGCCAAAUCAGCCCAGCGGAGCACCAGCUGAAAAGUGUUUUUUACAAAUUACAGGCAUGACCUGUGCGUCGUGUGUGUCUACCAUUGAAAGAAAUUUGCAGAAAGAAGACGGAAUUGUUUCAGUGUUGGUAGCACUGAUGGCAGGUAAAGCAGAGAUAAAAUACAAACCAGAAUUCAUACAGCCUCUUGAAAUAGCACAGCUGAUCCAGAAUUUGGGUUUUGAAGCUACUGUCAUAGAAGAUCAUGCAGAAACAGAAGGAAAUGUGGAGCUUCUUAUUACAGGGAUGACUUGUGCUUCCUGUGUUCACAGUAUUGAAUCCAAACUCAUGAGAACAAAUGGCAUAUUCUACGCCUCAGUUGCACUUGCUACUUGCAAAGCUCACAUCCAGUUUGAUCCUGAAAUUACUGGACCUCGAGAUAUUAUAAAAAUAAUUGAGGAAAUUGGCUUUCAUGCUUCUGUGGCUAGAAGAAUUCCAAAUGCACAUAACCUGGAUCAUAAAAAGGAAAUACGGCAGUGGAGGAAGUCUUUCUUGUGCAGCCUACUGUUUGGUAUCCCUGUCUUGAUCUUAAUGAUUUAUAUGCUAAUACCCGGCGGUGAGCACCAUGGGUCUAUGGUGCUGGAACAGAAUCUCAUUCCUGGAUUAUCUAUUUUAAAUCUUCUCUUCUUUGUCCUCUGCACUUUUGUUCAGUUUCUUGGUGGAUGGUAUUUUUAUGUACAAGCUUACAAAUCACUGAAGCACAAGACGGCCAAUAUGGAUGUGCUCAUCGUACUGGCCACGACGAUUGCUUAUGUGUAUUCCUGUGUGAUCCUGUUGGUAGCGAUAAUUGAAAAGGCAGAGAAAAGCCCUGUCACUUUCUUUGACACUCCUCCAAUGCUGUUUGUGUUCAUUGCCCUUGGGAGAUGGCUGGAACACAUAGCAAAGAGUAAAACCUCAGAAGCUCUUGCUAAACUUAUAUCUCUUCAAGCCACAGAAGCCACUGUGGUGACUCUUGGACCUGACCACUCUAUCGUCAGGGAGGAGCAGGUAGCUGUUGAACUGGUUCAAAGAGGUGAUAUUGUAAAGGUUGUUCCUGGUGGAAAGUUCCCAGUGGAUGGAAAGGUCAUUGAAGGCAGUUCUAUGGCAGAUGAGUCUCUCAUUACUGGGGAAGCUAUGCCAGUCACUAAAAAGCCUGGGAGCACUGUGAUUGCUGGUUCUAUAAAUGCACAUGGCUCAGUUCUUGUUAGUGCAACUCAUGUUGGUAAUGAUACCACUCUAGCACAAAUCGUGAAAUUGGUGGAAGAAGCUCAAAUGUCAAAGGCACCCAUCCAGCAACUGGCAGAUAAGUUUAGUGGAUAUUUUGUUCCAUUUAUCAUCAUCAUUUCAACACUGACAUUGAUAGCAUGGAUCACAAUCGGUUUUAUAAAUUUUGAUGUUAUUCAGAAAUAUUUUCCUAAUCAGAACAAACACGUUUCAAAAGCUGAACUAAUACUGAGGUUUGCAUUUCAAACCUCAAUCACUGUGCUGAGCAUUGCAUGCCCCUGUUCUUUAGGCUUGGCUACCCCCACAGCUGUGAUGGUGGGCACAGGAGUUGCUGCGCAGAAUGGUAUUCUCAUCAAAGGUGGAAAACCCCUGGAAAUGGCACACAAGAUCAAGACUGUGAUGUUUGAUAAAACUGGGACCAUCACCUGUGGAGUUCCUAAAGUCAUGAGGGUGCUUUUGCUGGGAGACACGGCUGUGCUCUCUCUGAAGAAGGUACUGGCGGUGGUUGGCACUGCAGAAGCCAGCAGCGAGCAUCCUUUAGGAGUGGCAGUCACUAAAUAUUGCAAAGAGGAGCUUGGCACUCAGAGCCUGGGAUACUGCACUGACUUCCAGGCAGUCCCAGGCUGUGGCAUCAGCUGCAAAGUUGGAGGUGUUGAGGCUGUCCUGGGCACGGCUGAGGAGGGUCUCGAUAAGCUGGAUCCAAACAGGAGCAGGGACAGCAAUGCUCCUCUGGGAGAUAAUGAGCUGAUCACACUCUCCAAAUCACAUGGUCCAUCAGCUUCUCAUACAUACUCAGUGUUGAUCGGAAAUCGUGAGUGGAUGCGACGCAAUGGCUUGCAUAUUGCAAAUGAUGUAAAUGAUGCAAUGACAGACCAUGAAACGAAAGGACAGACUGCCAUACUCGUGGCUAUAGAUGGUGUAUUGUGCGGAAUGAUUGCAAUAGCAGACACCGUCAAGCAGGAGGCAGCCCUUGCUGUGCACACGCUGAAAAACAUGGGAAUAGAUGUGGUGCUGAUAACGGGGGACAACAGAAAAACUGCAAAAGCCAUUGCUACUCAGGUUGGGAUCAAAAAAGUCUUUGCCGAGGUUCUUCCGUCUCACAAGGUUGCAAAGGUCCAGGAACUCCAAAAUGGGAGGAGGAAGGUUGCCAUGGUUGGUGAUGGAGUCAAUGAUUCCCCUGCACUAGCCAGGGCUGACGUUGGAAUUGCAAUUGGAACGGGCACCGAUGUUGCCAUUGAAGCAGCAGAUGUUGUUCUUAUCCGAAAUGACUUGCUGGAUGUGGUUGCCAGUAUUCACUUAUCAAAGAGAACAGUUCGAAGAAUACGAAUAAAUCUCAUUCUUGCCUUAAUUUAUAAUCUCCUUGGAAUACCCAUAGCAGCAGGUGUGUUCAUGCCAGUUGGCCUCGUGCUUCAGCCUUGGAUGGGAUCAGCUGCAAUGGCAGCUUCUUCGGUGUCCGUUGUGCUGUCUUCCCUGCAGCUGAAAUGUUAUAAGAAGCCAGACACAGAAAGUUAUGAAGCACAAGCUCAAGGCCGCAUGAAGCCACUUACUCCUUCCCAAAUUAGUGUUCAUAUUGGAAUGGAUGACAGGAGGAGGGAUUCUUCCAGACCGGCUCCUUGGGAUCAGAUUAGCCAAGUGUCUCUCUCUUCCUUGACUUCAGACAAGCUGCCGAGACGUAAUGGUUUUGUUGAGGAGGAAGGGGACAAGUGGUCAUUGCUCAUGAACAGAGAAGAUGAAGAACAGUACAUCUGAAGCACUGUACGCAAUUAAGGAGGAAAUAUUCCUCCUCAUCAGCGACGGGAGGGACCGACUUAUGUCAUCGAGAGCUUCAAGGUUGUAAGUGAAGUCAUUCCUUCAGCUCACAAAACAAUUGCUACUCAGCUUGAUGUUGAGUUGUAUGGAUUGUGGAUUUUUUUCAGGUCACCAGUUAUUUCUAGUCAUAGAAAAGAUCUGUGGCUCUAUAAUGAACUGGCUCCUUUGCACACAGCGAUUAGUGAAAGAAUGUAAAAUUGUAAUUUUCAGAGUCU